GAUUCGAUUUGCAUUAGUGGGUGCAGCUUAGUUGGGCUCUGCUCCAGAAGAAGAAAGAACAUGCUCGGACCGCAAUGUCUCUGAAGGCGAAUUCUUCACAAAUGUCCAAGCAAUGCGUUCACCAAUCGUUAAAUCUCUGUACGUUACUAACCCAUUUUCACGUUUCUGUUUGCCCAUUUCGAUUCCUUCUUUUUCUGCUUUGAAUUCGGCCACUACCUCCUUUAAUCCCUGUUGUUCCGAAUCCUUCUGCUCUCAUGCCCACCAACUGUUCGAUGAAUUGCCUCAAAGAGAUAUUCCCUCACUUACUUCCCUUCUCACCUCGUAUGUGCGUGGUCAUCGCCACUCAGACGCCUGGUCUCUCUUCCGUCAAAUGCACCGUUCCUGCUCUCCUCUCACAGCCCACACUCUCACUGCUGCCUUGGCUGCCUGCUCGGCAUUACCCACCUCCGAUUAUGGCCAACAAGUUCAUGGGCUAAUCAUCAAAACAGGUACAUAUUCCGGGAUUGUAACUAAAACUGCCAUUUUAGACAUGUACUCCAAAUGUGGGCUUCUUGAUCACUCUGUUAAGGUCUUUGAGGAGAUGGAAUUGAAGGAUGUGGUUGCAUGGAAUGCGUUGUUAUCCAGCUUUUUGAGGGAGGGUCUUGCUGGGAAAGCACUAAAUGUGUUUGAAGAAAUGAAGAGAGAAAAAGUGGAAUAUAGUGAGUUUACUUUGUGUUCUGUGCUUAAAGCUUGUGCCGCUUUGAAAGAUUUUCAGCUGGGUAAGCAAGUUCAUGGGAUGGUUGUUGUUAUGGAUAGAGAUAUGCUUGUUUUAGGUACUUCCUUGGUUGAUUUCUACUCUAGCGUUGGCUGUAUCAGUGAAGCCAUGAAAGUUUACACUAGUUUAAAUUGUACAAAGGAUGAUAUCAUGCUUAAUUCUUUAAUUUCUGGGUGUGUUGUGAAUAAAAAAUAUGAAGAAGCCUUUUCAUUGAUGAGCAAGAUGAGACCUAAUGCAAUUGCACUAACAAGCGCCCUGGCUGCUUGCUCUGAGAAUUCUGAUCUAUGGAUAGGGAAGCAAAUACACUGUGCUUUGGUCCGUCAUGGUAUGGCAUCCAAUACCCAAUUGUGCAAUACUUUGCUUGAUAUGUAUGCAAAAUGUGGGAAAAUUUCGAAUGCUCGAAUAGUGUUUGACGAAAUGCGUCAUAGAGAUGUAGUAUCAUGGAGCAGCAUGAUACAAGCAUAUGGAAGUCAUGGAGAUGGGCUAAAAGCUUUCGAAUUGUUCAAGAUGAUGGUUGAUGGAAAAACUGGAGUGUUGCCAAAUUCAGUGACAUUCCUUUCUGUAUUAUCCGCUUGUGGGCAUUCAGGGCUGGUGGAACAGGGACAAGAAUGUUUUUAUUUGGCAAAGGAGAGGUAUAGUUCAUAUCUAGGUCCUGAACACUAUGCCUGCUUCAUAGAUAUAUUAGGCCGAGCUGGUAAGAUUGAAGAAGUAUGGAGUGUGUUCCAUGAUAUGGAGAUGUGUGGCGUUAAGAUUACAUCAAAACUAUGGGCAGCAUUGCUUAAUGCUUGUAGUCACAACCAAGAUGUUUCCAGGGGUGAGUUUGCUGCUAAAAGACUGCUUCGAUUGGAACCGAACAAGGCUGGGAAUUUCGUGUUGGCAUCGAAUUUUUAUGCGUCGAUAGGAAAGUGGAAUUCUGUCGAUGAAUUGAGGAGAAUCAUGUGGGAAAAGGGACUGAGUAAGGAAGCUGGGAAUAGCUUGGUCAGUUCUUCUUGCUUCUAAUGCAGCAGAUGAGAGAAUUGGCUGAGUUUUUAAUGCAGAAAAAGAAGAAACGCCUGAUUGUUGGCUGAAGCAUCAAGUUUAAUGCCACUCAUUGUUGAUCAAGCCUGCAACGAACAUGUCCUGUGGCUGAAGAUAUGCAAAUUUUGUUGUGCUCUGUUCUUCAGAUGGAGUGUAGACUACUCUCGAUGAUAAGAGAGUGCAGUGUCGUGUGUCUGCAGGGGUGCCCUUUAGAUCAAAUCGUCUUCCUUGUCAAUUUAAUAUUACAUCAAAUGUUGCUUUUGUAUAUUUUUGCAAACUGUUUUGAUUUG